AUGGGAUUUAGCGGUUCUUAUUCCGUUCUUGCGUUACUCGAACAGAAUAAGAAAAGGCAAAAUAUAGAUAGUUGGCUGAAUAAAUUUGAUUACAGGUUACCAGUUCCAAGGCCUGGACAAGUCCUUGGUUUAGUGGGAACAAAUGGAAUUGGAAAGUCUACUGCGCUUAAAGUGUUGAGUGGGAAAUUGAUGCCUAAUUUGGGUAAAUUUGAUAACCCACCUGGCUGGCCGGACAUAUUGGCAUACUUCAGAGGAAGUGAGCUUCAGAACUACUUCACUCGCAUGCUUAACGAAAAGUUACAGGCAAAAUGCAAGCGCCAAUAUUUGGAUGACAUCCCAAAAAUGAUUAAAGGGAAUGUUGGGCAAGUUCUGGAGCAAAAAGAUGAGAGAAAUGUCAGAGAGGAACUCUGUCGCGAUCUUGAGCUGAACCAGGUUACAGAUCGGAAUGUUGGUGAUUUAUCUGGUGGUGAGCUGCAGAGAUUCUCUAUCGCUGCGACUGCCAUGCAGAGCGCAGAUAUAUAUAUGUUUGACGAGCCAUCCAGUUUUCUUGAUGUGAAGCAGAGGCUUAAAGCUGCUCAAGUUAUCCGAACGUUGCUCAGGCCAAACAGCUAUGUGAUUGUUGUGGAGCAUGACCUUAGUGUUUUGGACUACUUAUCGGACUUCAUUUGCUGCUUAUAUGGGAAACCUGGAGCUUAUGGAGUUGUAACCCUUCCUUUUUCCGUCAGAGAGGGAAUUAAUAUUUUCUUGGAUGGCUUUGUCCCUACUGAGAAUCUACGAUUCCGUGAUGAAUCACUUACUUUUAAGGUAACAUUUCUUUCUUCUGUUAUAUGGUUCUAUGCUCUGAAUAUUCCAUUAUCAUUUAUCUACUGUUUCUUUUCAGGUUGCUGA